AUGCGUGACGUGGUGACUAACCGUGGCGGGGUGGCAGGCGACGGGGGGAGGGUGGCGCGGACGCCUGUCAAGACCUUCCAGGCUUAUCUGCCGCCGGCGCACCGCACCUACAGUUGCAUCCACUGCCGCGCGCACCUGGCCAGCCAUGACGAGCUUAUAUCCAAGUCGUUUCAAGGCAGCCAGGGACGUGCAUACCUAUUCAAUUCUGUUGUGAACGUUGGUUGCGGACCGGCAGAGGAGCGAGUGCUCCUGACCGGUCUACACGCCGUCGCAGACAUUUACUGCGAAUGCUGCAAAACCAUGCUCGGAUGGAAAUAUGAGCACGCGUUUGAAUCGAGUCAAAAAUACAAGGAGGGAAAGUUCAUAAUCGAACUGGCCCACAUGGUGAAAGAGAACGGGUGGGACUAG